AUGGAAAAGGGUUUAGGCAAGCAGGGAGACGAGCCAUGGAGGGUCCUCGAGUUCUACAGCGGUAUUGGUGGCAUGAGGUACUCGCUGAUGAAGGCUGGAGUGAAUGCCGAAGUUGUGGAAGCAUUCGACAUCAACGACACGGCUAACGAUGUUUACCAGCACAAUUUCGGCCACCGUCCCUAUCAGGGUAAUAUCCAGAGCCUUACUGCUGCCGAUCUCGACAGGUAUGGAGCGGAUGCAUGGCUUCUUUCUCCUCCUUGUCAACCUUACACACGACAAGGUCUCCAAAAGCAAUCUGGUGAUGCUCGGGCUUUUUCAUUUCUCAACAUUCUUGAGUUGAUACCACACACUUCGCAACCUCCAAUAAUGUUAUUUGUGGAAAAUGUUGUUGGAUUUGAGACAUCUGAUACGCAUACGAAAAUGAUAGAGAUAUUGGGAAGAACUAAUUUUAUUACGCAGGAGUUCAUAUUAAGUCCGUUACAGUUUGGUGUGCCAUAUUCCAGGCCACGCUAUUUUUGCCUGGCAAAGAGGAAACCUUCAACCUUUCAGCGUCAACUUUUCAAUAAUCAGCUUCUUCAGUCCCCAGGGCCAUUAUUUAGGCAUACAAAUACUGAGGAGACAGUAUUCUGUGAACUUGAUGAACCACAAGAGAGCUGGGAUAGGUUGCUUGAAUCUUGUGAGUCUAUAGAAAGCUUCCUUGAAUUCAAGAAUUGCAGUGACCAAUCAGAGUCCAAUUUUGUGGACACCACUAUUGUUUCUACAGAUUGUGAUGAAGUUUUGGAUGAAGGGAAUGAAUAUUGUAGCGGUGGCCUAGAUCAGUACUCUGUUCCAUUGAGCUUGAUAGAGAGGUGGGGAAGUGCCAUGGAUAUUGUCUAUCCUGAUUCAAAGCGAUGCUGUUGUUUUACAAAAAGUUAUUAUCGAUAUGUGAAGGGUACAGGCUCCCUUUUAGCAACUCUGCAGCCAAAUAACGAGGAUAAAGCAUCUUCACUGAAGGAGCAGUGCCUUAGAUACUUUACUCCUAGGGAGGUUGCUAAUUUGCAUUCUCUCCCAGAAGAUUUUCAGUUUCCACAGCAAAUAAGCCUUCGGCAACGAAACGCAAAGAAUCGAGAACAAAUUUCUUCAAAAAGUGAUCGAAUUCUGCAAAAUCUCAAUCAAGGUUUAGUGAUAUUAAUAGCCAUCAUGAGAUUCAAGAAAGGGAAUAAAGUGGAGGUACUUAGCCAAAAGGAGGUGACUUCAGUAGCAUGGCGUUGUGCUGAGAUUAUCUCAGGUAAUGGGCACACCUACAGUGUUAAGUAUGAUCGGUCUCCUGGUAAGGAUAGUCAAGCAGUUGUGGAGAGAGUUCCAAGGAAGGAUAUUAGGCCUUGCCCUCCACCUGUUCAAAGUGUGGAGAUUUUGGCAGUUGGUGAUGUUGCUGAGGUGUUCGAUGUUGGUUUCUGGAAAAUGGCUAAGGUGUUGAAGGUUUUGGAUGAAAAUUAUUACUUGACUAGGCUACUUGGAUCUUCUGAGGAGUUUAGAGUGCACAAACAUAGGAUCCGGGUGCGCCAAUUUUGGAAAGAUGACAAAUGGGUUGUGAUUGGAAAGGGUUCUGAUAAUCGUAUUAGCUCACAAGUCCCACAAUUGAAUGCAAGAAUAAAGCUACCAGCUGUGAAUGAUUGUUUACCUCCUCAGGACAUCAUCAGUUAUCAGGAUUCCCAUAAUGUCUCAUCGAGAUCAUUGAAGAGAGCUUCGCCAUUUUGCUCGUUUUAUAUUGAUGGAUAUUCACGAAAGAGGAGAGCAAUUGAGAAGGGGUGUGAGCGCCAACACAUUUUUUCUGGGUCCCCAUCUUCCUUUCUCAAAAAGGUAGAUGCUGUUGCUUACCCGCGAGAAAAUCUGGGUGAAAAAUACGUGCAGGCUUCCUUUAUUAAUCGUACAACUGGAUGUGUUGAAAAGGAGAGGGAAGAGUUAAAUGGUGCUAUUUCUCUUUCUGUUGAAAGAAGUUCAGAACUUGAUGAUUGUGAUAGUGAUGCAUGCUCUGUGGGUAGUUGUAGUGUUAUUAGUAGCAAUUCAAAUAAGUUUUCCAGUCAUAAUUUAGCAGGUACUAGUCAAGAUUCAGAUACCCUUUCUAGUGAUGCAGAUUCUUUUUGUGGAGAUGCGCAAGAAAAUUUUUCCGUUCCUCUGGAAGAGGAUGUACCAGCAGGAAUCCAUAGGUUAGAGUUGAAUGCUUAUCACAGUACUCUGGUGGCAAUGCAUGCUUCUGGAUCCUUAACUUGGGAACAAGAAGCGUUAUUGACAAUCUCCGUAUUUCACUGCACAUUUCAAACGAUGAGCAUUUGA